GAAGAGUGGAAGUGCACGAAUUAAAAAUGAAAUUUAUAUUUUUAUUUUUUUUAGUGGCCAUUGUUAAAUGCGAUUAUUUUUUACACAGAAUAAAUCAUAUGGAAUAUUAUAAAAAUAAAACGCGUCCGUCGAAAAAAUUCGAGAGUUUUUCAACUAAUUAUUUUAAUCAGAAUUUUCUCAAACUUGAUAAAGACGAUAAAGUUAAGUGUGGUACGAGAACCGUUGACUUCAACCCUCGAAGGACUGGAAAGAUUGUUGGAGGCACGGAAACACCUUAUGGAGCAUUUCCCUGGCAGGUGGAGAUACAAAUGUUGGACCCUGACAAGUUGUCAUUUGAACACCACUGUGGGGGCGCUGUCAUCGCAGAGCGGCUAGUGCUGUCUGCUGCCCACUGCUUCGAUAAACAACCGUUACACUUGGAGCAUAUCAGGCUGGUGGUCGGAGAACAUCGUCUGAAGCUGCAGGACAAGCACGAGAACAGAUUCCUGGCGGAGAAGGUGGUUCCUCAUCCAGAGUUUAGAAAGAGUGGCCCUCACAGCAACGACAUCGCUUUAGUAGUGGUCUCCCGAUCAGGCCACGGGGUACAGUUCAACUCUCACGUCCGCCCCAUCUGUUUACCUGACACAGCCGACAGCGCUGGGCGCUGGUGCGCCGUCAGCGGCUGGGGGUACCAGGCAGAGGGUACAGAAUCCUUCGCACCAGUUCUAAGAGCCGCUUCAGUGCCAGUUUUAGAUCUGGCAACAUGUAGAAGAAGCCAAGUCCUUGGAGGUCGCCAGCAGCCCAUAUUGGACUCUAUGAUUUGUGCUGGGAUCCUAUCAGGCGGUGUGGAUGCCUGCCGGGGGGACUCUGGGGGUCCGCUUGCGUGCCAGGCGGGCGCGGGGGGGCGCUGGGAGCUGGCGGGGGUGGUCUCGUGGGGCGCAGGGUGCGCGAGGAAACAGCGCCCCGGGGUCUACACCAGGGUCGCCAGUUACGUGAACUGGGUGCGGGCGACUGCUGCUGGAUUGGGGCAUAAAAUUGGCUAUUGA